UUCUCUUCUCUUCUCUCUCUACAAAAUCAAAGACAACAAUGAGCUCCUGGGACAACUGGGUCGAAGAGUCCCUUCACAAGCUCGACAGUCUCCAACUCCUCCGGUCUCUCCGACCCAUCUACCUCCGCAAUGACCCACAAACCACCACUGUCGAAGACGACCUCCAAGUCUUCCACGACAUGCAGCCCCGGGACCGAACCUCCGUCGAGGUCCACAUUCCUGAGUCAACUUUCCAGAAAUGGCUCAGUGACAUCCCCAGUUCCGGAGAUGAGGGGGAUACCCUGAAAUUCAGGAAGCUGUUGUUGUUUUCCGGGAAUGACUAUCUGGGACUGAGUUCACAUCCCACGAUUGGAAAUGCUGCUGCUAAGGCAGCUCAAGAACAUGGGAUGGGCCCAAGGGGGUCUGCUUUGAUCUGUGGAUAUACCGAAUACCAUAGGCGACUGGAGUCAUCUUUGGCUGAGUUGAAGAAGAAAGAGGAUUGCCUUCUUUGUCCUACAGGGUUUGCAGCCAAUAUGGCCUUGAUGGUAGUCUUGGGGAAUGUUGGCUCUCUCUUGGCUGCUGGAAGAACACCCUUAAGGAAUGAAAAGAUUGCGAUUUUUUCUGAUGAACUGAACCAUGCGUCAAUUAUUGAUGGUAUUCGUCUUGCUGAACGACAAAAAUCUGUAGAGAUAUUCAUCUAUAGACAUUGUGACAUGAUUCACCUUAAGGCAUUGUUAUCCAGUUGCACAAUGCCGAAGAAAGUUGUUGUGACUGAUAGCUUGUUUAGUAUGGAUGGAGACUUUGCACCAAUGAUUGAGCUGGUGAAGCUACGAAAGCAGCAUAACUUUCUGUUAGUCAUUGAUGAUGCUCAUGGAACCUUUGUUUGUGGAAAAAAUGGUGGUGGAGUGGCUGAGAAAUUCCAUUGUGACAGAGAUGUUGACAUAUGUGUUGGCACUUUGAGUAAGGCUGCAGGUUGCCAUGGCGGGUUCAUUGCAUGCAGCAAAAGAUGGAAGCAACUCAUACAGUCACGAGGACGCUCCUUCAUAUUUUCAACUGCUACACCAUUACCGAUUGCUGCUGCGGCCCAUGCUGCAGUUAUUGUUGCAAGAAAGGAAACAUGGCGUAGGAGGGCAAUUUGGAAUCGGGUGCAAGAUUUUCGUGCUUUGACUGGAAUUCCGAUAAACAGUCCAAUAAUAUCUCUUAUCGUAGGGAGUGAAGAGAAGGCUUUGCAAGCGAGCCGGCGUUUGUUGAAAUCUGGUUUCCAUGUGACUGCAAUCAGACCGCCAACGGUGCCACCCAACAAAUGCAGGCUACGAGUGACUUUAUGUGCAACGCACACAAGGGCUGAUAUUGAGAGGUUCACAACUGCACUCUCCAAAUGUGUUAAUUUCCAAGAAAUCGACAUCCAUGGUUCCAAUGGAUAUGCAAGGCUUUAGAUUUUGAUUCUUUUCUCGAAUCUUGUUCUGUUUGUCAGCAGUGGCCUUAGCCUUCAUGAAAGGUUAAAUUAAUGUUCGAUAAUAGACCCAUAUUUGACGUAUGAGGUGGGCAGUUUCUACAUCUGUCAAAGAAUUUUACAUGUGAACUUUUCGGGAAAUUUCACACCCCGCACUGUAAUGAGUGUAAUCUACUUUCAUAUAAUCA